AUCUAAUUAAUUAAAUAAUAGUAAUGGGUUUUCUGGAUCAUCUUUGGGACGAAACGCUGGCCGGCCCAACCCCUGAUUCUGGCAUUGGCAAUCUUCGCAAGUACAAAUCUCUCCGUCUUCGCUCUGGCAACAAUAUAAAUGGUAACACCGUGGUCGAAAAUAGCCACCGUAUCUCACACAGCAUCCUGCAGCAAAACAGUAAGAAUAAUAACAGCAGCAGCCACCUCUCAUCCACGGCGGCCUCACCUGCAGGCCGUGGCUCCAUCCCUUGUACCCCCUCCACCCCUGGUUCUCCCUUCUCACCCACUACUCCAGGUGGCAAUGUUAAGAAAUUAAGUCGAAGAAAGUCCAUGCAUACUAGGGAUCCCAAAAGUCCCACGGGCUAUGAUUGGAUUGUUUUGAGUGCUUUGGAUCGUUGA